AUGCCCCGUCGCCAGAGCACCGCGCCCACUCAGCCCGUGGUGGGUACCAUAGACAUUGGAACAACCUCGGCGAGAGCCAUUCUUUUCAGCCAAGAAGGUAUCGAAAUCGCCAAGCAUCAAAUUGAAUAUUCGACGUCGGCUUCUGAGGCGCCAGCGGAAUCGAAAAACAAGGAACAAUUUAGAAGAAGAUCGUCGCUUAUGCGUCACAACGAGCCUAUUUUCACCUCGGAAGGUAUUGCAAUUUCCAUUUCUGACGAUGUUGAAAUCGAAAACAAUCGUGCCAGUGUAGGACCAACUUUACGGUUCCCCCAACCAGGAUGGUCCGAAUGUAUGCCCGUGCAUGUUCUUGCCAACGCGGUCCAGUGUUUGGUGGCAUGUUUGAUUACUUUGCGUAAAGUUAAUCAGAACCCUGAUCUCAAAAUCAAGUACAAAGUUAAGGCACUUGGUAUUGCCAAUAUGAGAGAAACCACCAUUGUGUGGCUGAAAAGGACGGGAAAGCCAUUGAGCAAUGGUAUCACAUGGACCGACACCAGAACAGCGGAAAUUGUACAACAUUUAGAGAAAAUGACCGACGAUGAUAGAAAGGAAGAAUUGAAGCAAAAGACAGGAUUGCCGCUAAGCACCUAUUUUUCCGCUGCCAAGUUGCGGUGGUUGCUCGAUAAUGAUGAUACAAUCAGGGAGGAGUACGAAAAGGGCGACGGAAACCUCAUGUUUGGAACCGUAGAUACUUGGUUGAUCUACCAUCUUUCCAAAGAACGUUCAUUCGUGUCUGAUGUUACCAAUGCUUCCAGAACCUAUUUUAUGGACUUGGAAACAAAAGACUACGAUGAUGAUCUCCUUGAUUUCUGGGGCAUUGAUCCCACCAAAAUUUGCUUGCCCAAAAUCGUUUCCAGUUCCGAACAUUAUGGUUCGUUCGCAGCACCAAACUUGUCCAACCUUGGAUUCCACAACAAAAUCACUCCCGAAGCCUAUGAGAUCUUGAAGACUAUUACUGGUGUACCCAUCUGUGGUUGUCUUGGAGACCAAUCGGCGUCGUUGGUGGGUCAAUUGGCGUUCCGUGCUGGGUCUGCAAAAUGUACUUAUGGUACCGGAUGUUUCUUGUUAUACAAUACCGGAACCAGAAAGUUGAUUUCUGACCACGGAACUUUGACUACACUUGGUUUUUGGUUUCCUACGUUAGAAGGUGACGAUGCUCAGCCACAUUAUGCUUUGGAAGGAUCCAUUGCCGUUGCUGGGUCCAUCAUUCAAUGGCUUCGAGACAACUUGAAACUCAUUGAAAAUGCCAAAGAUAUUGGACCACUUGCUUCUCAAGUGGACAACUCUGGUGGUGUAGUUUUCAUUCCAGCAUUUUCAGGAAUGUAUGCUCCAUAUUGGGAUGGUGGUGCUAGAGGUACCAUUUUUGGUAUGACCCAGUAUACAUCAUCUAGUCAUAUUGCCAGGGCUGCUUUGGAAGGUGUAUGUUUUCAAGUGAGAGCCAUCUUGAGAGCCAUGGCUAGCGAUGCUGGAGGAAGUGAGGAUUUCCUCGAAGAGGCAUCCUCGAUCCAGGGUUCAAAGCGGCCGCUUUCUAAAUUGGCCGUAGAUGGAGGAAUGUCCAAAGCAGAUGAAGUGUUGCAAAUCCAAGCCGACAUUCUCGGACCAUGUGUGGAUGUCAAGCGUGCCAAGAUCUCCGAGUGCACGGCUUUGGGAGCUGCCAUUGCUGCGGGACUUUCGUUCAAAAAUCCAGAAGACAGAAUCUGGAAAGAUUUGAAUGAUGUUAUCGAAAAGAUCGACGGUCCAACCGACGCCCAGAAUUCGUUCAAGGCCAAAUUGCCAGAUAACGACAGAAGAACAAUGUGGAAACGGUGGGAGAAUGCAGUUUCGAGAGCCAAGGGCUGGUUGGAUGAUGUGUAG